AUGGACACCGAAGGAGGAAAAAUGGACGACACGCGGGAUGGGGACGAAUGGGGGGAAGGCGCAGGGGGAGCGGCGCAAUGGGAACCAGAGCCCGCGGAGGAGCGAGGGAAACGGGCGCGGGAAGGGGAAGGGAAAGCGGGGAAGGGCAAGACGGGCUCAAAGAAGGCGCGCGCGAUGCAUCCGCGGAACCGUUACGCGGAGAAUCCACCUGACUUCCGCGCGCUGGCGGAGCAGCACCCUGCGCUGGCGCCGUUCGUGCUGCCGGCGCGGCGGGCGGGCGGGCCGGUGGGGUUCAUGUGGAGCAACUACAACGCGACGCGCGAGCUGACGCGGGCCCUGCUUCACACGGACUUCGGCGUUGACUGGUGGAUAGAUCACGGGCAUCUGUGCCCCACCGUGCCCAACCGCACUAACUACCUGCUCUGGCUGCACGACCUCCUCGCCUCGCUCCCGGUCCCCCCUCAUGGCCCUCCCCCCGCCUGUGGCGCACAAGAGCGCACUGGCGCAGACGUGACAGAGAGCGCCCUGCAGGGCGCAUUGGCCAACCGCACGCGCAACCCUCGCCUGGCGCCCCUCAUUGACAUACGGCGCGCAGGGGAUGGGGGAGACGCGAGGGAGGGCGGGCAUGCCCUGGGCGAGGAUGGCUCGGUGAAGAGCGAUGGGGUGCAUGCGGUGGUUGCAGAUGGGGAGGUACAUGGGGCGCAUGGCGCGGAUGGGGCGCAUGGGGAACGUUUAAGGGAGGAAAAUGGGGUGGAUGAUCAGGGGAAGGGGUUGGUGUUGAGGAGUGGGGAGGAAGAAGUGCGACUGAGAAGGGGUGUUGAGGGGGGAUGCGGCGAGGCAUUUGACGCGUGCAUGUGCAACCCGCCCUUCUUCGAGUCGCUGCAGCAGGCGGGUGCCAACCCGCGCACGGCGUGUGGUGGCACGGCGGAAGAGAUGGUGUGUGCGGGUGGCGAGUUGGCGUUCAUUCGCCGCAUCGUGCAUGAUAGCUGUGCGCUGCGCACCCGCAUCAGGUGGGCUGCUAGCAGGGUGGGGUUGGUUGAACGUCUGAGCGUUGGUGUGUCACCACAGACGGAGUGCUUAUGCUUGGUUAGGUUUCCUGUGGGUUUGAUCUUGUUGCAUGGAGAACAAUCGCCACAUUUGUGUGCUUGA